GCAGCGAGGGCGACUCACCCAACUGUCUGACUGUGGAGAGACAGAAGCUGCAGCUGCUGCAGGCUACUCUGAAAGGGAUGCUACUGAAAGAACCACAUCUGCACAGAGGACUUAACCAAAGUCUGAUUCCAACGUGACGGGCACUGGUUAUGAGAAUCUGCACUCUGAAACUGAAUCGGCUGGGGGUAAGAUGUUUGUGGAGUCAGUGGUCCGAUGGGGGGCAUGGAGCAUCCUGCUCCAGUUUGGACUGGGUGUAUCUGCAGGAGGCUGCCCUCCACGUUGUGUGUGUCGACCUGAGGCUAAAGAAGUGAUCUGUGCUGGCAAGCAUUUGAACUCUGUGCCAGAGGGCUUUUCCAGCGAUGCCAGGCGUUUGGAUUUAUCCCACAAUAAGAUUAAGACUGUGGGGCGACGCCAGUUUUCCGGACUCCUGCAACUUCAAGAGUUGGAUCUCAGUGAUAACAUAAUCUCCAUGAUUGAGGUGGAGGCCUUCCAGGGCCUUCAGAAUCUCAGGACGCUUCGGAUUAAGAACAACCGACUCAAGAUCAUCCCGGUCGGGGUGUUUUCUGGUCUGUCUAGUCUGCGCUUUCUGGAUUUGAGCCAGAAUGAGAUUCUGGUCUUCCUGGACUAUACCUUCAAAGAAAUGGUGAACCUGCAAACGCUGGAGGCUGAGGAAAACGACCUUGUCUUCAUCUCCCAGCGGGCUUUCUUUGGUCUGCAGAAUCUGCAGGAGCUCAACUUAGACCGCAGCAACCUGACCUCUGUUCCCACUGAAGCGCUGUCCCAGCUGCAGAGCCUGACGUGUCUUCGCAUGCUUCGCCUCACCAUCUCUACACUGCCCAACAACGCUUUCCGACGACUCCACCGGCUGCGAAGCCUCCUGAUUGCAAACUGGCCGGCACUGGACACUGUGGCGAGCAACAGCCUGAUUGGUCUGAAUCUGACCUCGCUCGUCAUCAGCAGCUGUAACCUGAGCACCGUCCCUUACUCAGCACUCCGUCACCUGGUGUACCUGCGCUACCUGGACUUGUCCUACAACCCCAUCACUGUUAUCCAGGGCAAUCUACUUGGGGACCUCCUGAGACUCCAGGAGUUACACCUGGCAGGAGGGAGCCUGCUACGAAUAGAGCCAGGGGCCUUCAGGGGCCUGGCCUAUUUUCGUAUGCUCAAUGUGACAUCCAAUCAGCUCACGACUUUGGAGGAGAGCGUCUUCCACUCUGUGGGGAACCUUCAGGUGCUGCGGUUGGACGGGAAUCCCCUGGCAUGCGACUGUCGGCUUCUCUGGGUGGUCCGCCGCCGAGUGCGCUUAAACUUUGAUGGACAUCAGCCCACUUGUUCGUCUCCUGAUGCGGUCAGACAGCGUGAAUUCAGAGACUUCUCCGAGAAGGAGCUCCCGAGACUGUUCACCUGCCGCCCAGCCCGCAUCAUGGACCGCAGGCCGCAGGAGGCCAGAGUGGAGGAGGGCACCACGGUUCUCUUCUCCUGUAAAGCUGAUGGGGAUCCGUUCCCAUCCAUCACCUGGAUCUCAUCUCAUAAAAAUGUGGUUUCUCCAACAGGACGGAUCAGAGUUUUGCCCAAUGGUACUCUAGAAGUGCGUUUCGCCCAAGUUCAGGACAGCGGCAUGUAUCAGUGUCUGGCAGGCAACGCAGCCGGCAAUGACAGCCUGACCGUGGGUCUGUACGUGAAGGGGCUCCCCCGAAACAGAACCAUGCCCUUCUUCUCCGAGGAGGGCUGGGUCGAGCCUUCAAAUUCCCAAGCUGCCAACUCCUCCGCUCAAAUGGCCAAACCGUACCCGUUUGACGCAAAGACGCUGAUCAUCGCCACCACCAUGGGCUUCCUGUCCUUCCUCAGCUCAGUGGCCAUCUGUUUUGUCUUCAUGUUCUUCUGGAGCCAGAGCAAAGGUCAGAUCAAGCACACGGCCACUAUUGACUUUGUUCCUCGGUCUUCGAUGGGUGGAGGAGGGGACGGAGGCGACGGUGGCAGGUUCACCAUGAAACUCAUUUAA